UUGAUCUAAGCGAUGUUUUGGGUCUGUUAGGGAGACACGCAGCACAGAGCAGAGUUCACCGCAGCAGCAAGCCAUUGGAAGAACCUGCCGAGUCCAGUGCAACAGAAACAACAAUGCCUUUCUGCGGAAGCCCCCCGAAGCCAGUACAAAGAAAAAUCGUCAUCCUAGGAGAUGGUGCGUGUGGUAAGACGUCUCUUUUGAACGUGUUCACACGAGGAUACUUUCCGAAGGUGUACGAGCCUACGGUGUUUGAAAACUACAUCCACGACAUUUUCAUAGACGGCCAGCAGAUCCAGCUCUCGCUCUGGGACACGGCGGGACAGGAGGAAUUUGACAAGUUGAGGUCGCUUUCGUACUCCGACACGCAUUGCAUCAUUCUCUGCUUCUCGAUAGACUCUCCGGACUCGCUAGAAAACGUGAAGAACAAGUGGGUUGGCGAGAUCUUGGAGCACUGCGAAGGCGUGAAGCUGAUUCUUGUGGCGCUCAAGGCGGAUCUCAGACAGUCCGAGAACGCCAACACCAACAACGGCGACGAUGGUGCCGACAAUUUGGGCGGCACCUCUGCAUAUAACAACGACGGGCAGUUGAAGAAGUUGGUUACCUACGAGGAGGGUGUCAGCGUGGCGAAGCAGAUAGGCGCCCUCAGGUACUUGGAGUGCUCUGCAAUGAAAAACAGAGGCGUGAAGGAGGUCUUCACCGAAGCCGCUCGGAUUGCAUUGACUGCGAGACCAGGCGCAGCCUCGGCCAACGGCCAACCCGUCGCAGACAACUCGGGAAGCUCCAGUAGUUGUGCUAUAAUGUGACUGAGGUCCCGCUUCUAGUCCAGCUGUCCUUGCUUGAUUACCCAGCCCCAAUGAUAUAUCGACUGAUCCCCACUCUCCUUUCCUCUUUCCAUGAACUCACUUAUCCACUCUUUUACCUAUUAACUUUAUGUUCAUCUUUUCCCUCUUUUCU